GCCAGUUCACAGCCGUUCACAGCCUUGAUAGACGUCAGACGAUUUCUUUGUUAUUGCUAUGAAGAACUUUUCAAAUUCUCGUCCUGCACUGCUCCCGCUGGCCUAUGAUCUAAUUUAACCGCCGAUUCAGCCAUCCAAAGACUGGAAAUGGACACGCAGAGCAUAAUAAUCACGAGCAACGACGAGGCUCCCGCCGGGACGGUGUUUUCGACGCCCGAGGGCCACCUGAUCAUGACCGUCCCUCUUGAGGACAUGGGCGGAGACAACAGGCAGAACAUCAUCAACUAUCCUCUGAUCAUCACCGCCGACGGCAGCAUCACUGCCGCCAGCAACAUCCAGCUGGACACCGUGGAGACCAUCAACGCCAAGGACAAAAUCAAGCAGCAACAGCAGCAGCCCGUCUUCGCUCCGGGAACACAGUUUGUGCUAGUCACGGACGACUCGCUAGGCCAGAGAAUGAUUCUGACCACCGCUGACGGAAAGAUCGACGGUUCGUUCACCCUGCAAACUCAGACCAAUGCUGUCGAGCAGGUCAACCCUCUCUCCAACAUCACCUUCAGCGCUCCCAAUCAACAAAACACAGUCGUGACGAACCUGAUCAACACGACCGUUCAGAUUCCUCCGAGCAUGGAGACGGAGCCGAGUAGCGCAAUUAAUUACAUUCCGCAAGUUACCGCACCCACCCCCGCCAAAGACGAAAAUGAAAAUCGACCUCCAAUCGCAGGGCCGCACAAGUGCAAGGUUUGCCAGAUGGAAUUGCGGACGUGGGCGCUGAAGAGGCGGCACGAGCUGCGACACCUGCUGGACAAGCCGUUCCCCUGCAAAGACUGCCACAUGUCGUUCAACCACGAGGCGAACCUUUUGCUUCACGAGGGCAGCCACCACGAAGGGCCGAUCUGGACAUGUCCGUUGUGCGAGCGAAAGUUCAAACGGCUGGCCGGCUACAAAGCGCACACUUUGGUGCACGAUAAGGAAGAAAGCAUCACCUGCGAGGCGUGCGGCGACGAGUUUCCCACUGAGAAAUACCUGGAAUUGCACAUGGAGGAGAAACACGCGAAUCCAGAAGAGUCUGGAGAGAUCGUCAUCAGCUACGAGUGCAAUAUUUGCAAGAAUAUUUUCAACACCUGCGCUGCUUUCAAGGCGCAUAUGAAGGACCACAAUAAGCUGGAGCAGAGUCUGAAAGUGACACAACUAAGAAAAGGAUCGCCAAACAAAAAAUCCGGAGCGCACAAGUGUCCGUUGUGCGACAAAAGGUUCAACAAGCCCUCCCUGCUGAAGAGACACAGAGCCACCCACAGCGGGGAGAAACCCUUCAAGUGUGAUUUGUGUCCUCGUGGCUUCUCGCAAAAAGGCUCUCUUUUGCUGCAUAUGUACCUGCACAGGGGCGAAAAACCCCACGCCUGCAACUUUUGUACAGCUUCCUUUUCGCAAAAAGGAAAUCUGCGUUCUCACAUAGCUCGCACGCACGCCAUACAGAAAUCCGGCGAGCCGCUGUACCAAUGCCACCAGUGCCCUUGCAAAUUCAGGAAAAUCGGCUCGUUGAACACGCACGUCACCAAAAACCACUCAACGCACAUCAAACCACCUGAAGAGCAGAAACACAACCUUGCAGACUCUGACAUUCUGCAGCAGGCGAUCGCCCAGAGCGGUUUGGAAAAUGCUCCCAAGACUGAAGGGUGUGCCGAGACUGAAAUUGUGCAGGUUAUCGCAGACUCCAUGCAGGACGGAACCACAAAGCAUUACGAAAUUAGUGUUCGGCAGCGUGCUGGCUUCCGCUGGCACCAAUGCAAUCACUGCAGCAAAGAAUUUAAAAAGCCCUCUGAUCUGAUUCGCCACCUCAGGACGCACACCAAUGAGAAACCUUUCAAGUGUGAUUUUUGCCAACGGGGUUUCACGGUGAAGUCGACCCUGAACGUCCACCUGCUGACGCACUUGCCGCAGAAACCUGCCAUCUGCACCAUUUGCAACAGGAAAUACAACUCGGCUGCUUCCCUCGCGGCUCACGUCAAGAGCCACUCGAACACAAAGACGUUGAAAUGCAGCUUCUGCGAGAAGACCUACACCGCCUUGGGGAACAAGGAAAGUCACGGCUGCGAGGAGCAGAAGCGGCACGCGCAGGAAAAGAAGCAGAAGAAGAUUUUGGAGAAUAAGUUGCUCGAGGAGAAGCUGAAGGAGUCGCUGCAGUAUCUGCACGAUCCGCUCUUCGCUUCCGAGAAGGGAAUGAUCGCGAUUAACAAGAGGAAAGGCUCGGCCUCCAACCGUCCGGAGGAUUACGCCGAGCGGCCUCACGUUUGCACGCGUUGCAGCUGCCGAUUUAAGAAAGUUUGCCAUUUAAAAGCGCACGAAGCUUCGCACGACGGCAUCAAGAGGUUCCUUUGCCACGACUGCGGAAAGUCAUUCACGUCGAAAGCUGCUAUGAAACACCACAUUAUGGUCGCGCACACCAAGGCUGGACCGAUUUUCCAAUGCACCAAAUGCAACUCUUCCUACACUACAAAGGGGUGUCUGAAAAGGCACAUGUUGAGCCACUCGUCGCAGAAAUCGUACAUCUGUCCGUACUGCGAGCGGCCGUUCUCGUACUCGUCGGCGUGCCGGCAGCACAUCAAGACGCACGCCCGCGAGGUGAUCAACAACCACGAGCGCAGCAAGCGCAACGUCAAGGCCGCCGUGCUGGUCACCAAGGACGACGCGCUGGCCGGCGGACAGACGCAGAACGUCGUCGAAUUGGUCAACGCCGUCGAGCAGCAGCGCUCCCUCUCGGUCAUCAACACGCAAAACAACCCUUUCGCGCAGCCCGUCAUGGCCAAAUACGCCGUUCAGGUCCAGGAGAACGUGGUUGCCCCUGAGAAAAUCACCAUCACGGACACGCUGAGCUCGAAAGCCGUGGCCGAAGCAAUUCCUCAGCUGAUCAACGCGAACGUCGCCAGCAUUUCUGGCGAUUUGCAGCUCAACCUGAUCGCCAAGCAAAACGUUUUGCACGGAAUCCAAAGAUCCAUCGAAGAAUACUCAAUUUUGGACCAGCCUGGCGUGUCCGGCGGCCAAGGGCUGGUGCCCGUCGAGUCCGGCGUGUUCAUCCAGGGUUUCGACGGCCAAACGCUGGACGCAACCUUCUUCAACGCCGGCAUUCCGAUUCAGACGGAUCAAAUCGAAAUCGGCGCCCUGACCAAGAUGCUCGCGUCCACCUCUGCGCCGGAAAAUGCGCAGGAAGAUCUCGCCCAGUUCUCGUGUGACAUUUGCAAGAAGAUUUUCAUGGACAACGAGACGUACAAAAUGCACUUCGCGGAGGAACACUCUUUGCCUUGCCAACUCUGCCAGGCCAAAUUCGAGACUGAAAAGGACCUGAAACUGCACGUCACCUCCGAGCACGAGAAACCAACCUCGCCUUCCAAAAUGCUGAAGUGCAAGCACUGCAACGCCGUGUUCAAGAGUCCAAAGCAGCUGCAGGGCCACAUGAACAAAGUGCACAACCGGUCCAUUUUGAAGAGUGCCGCGCAUUUUCCCCCUCCGCCGCCAGAGGCCGAGAAAGCUGCGACGGACGAGGCGCCUUCCUUGCUGGUUAAGAAGGAAAAUAAUGCCAGGAGGCUCACGGUCGAAGAGGCGCACACCAUGGCCAAGUCUUUGGAGAGUUGUCCAAGACCAUCAGUGUCCGAAAACGCAUUCCUUCAAAGCUUAAAGGAAGUUGGCCUGAAAACGGACGAAGAACCUGAGGAAAGAACCGUUUCCAAGCACGAGCAGGACGGCUCGAACGUCCGGCACGCCAACGGCUGCCACCUCUGCUCGAAAAGCUUCAAGAAGCCGUCCGAUCUGACCAGACACUUGCGCACUCACACAGGCGAAAAGCCAUUCGAGUGCGCGGUGUGCGGAAAGGCGUUCGCCGUGCGCUCCACCCUGGUCGCUCACUGCGCGGUGCACAAGAAAAGCGCGACGCCCGGCCUGCCGUGCCACAUCUGCCAGGCCAGGUUCUCCACCAAAGGCUCGCUCAGGGUGCACAUGCGCAUACACACAGGUGCAAGACCGAUGAAGUGUCCGCACUGUCCGCUGAGCUUCCGCACGUCAGGGCACAGGAAGGCGCACGUGCUGUCAGUGCACAAGUCCAAGAAAAACGCGGCGUCGACCAUCGCCGUCGUGGACUUUGCUGCAACAAGCCUGCCCGCGAUCGCCGAGGAGCCGGAGGCGGCGGCCGAGGGCGCCAUGGAGGUGGAGGAGGCGGUGUCGGCGCUGCACCCUGAGCAGGAGGCCAACGACGCGCAGAUCAACAUUCCGAUCAACCUGGAGUCCUCCGAGUACCUGCACAUCGACGAGAACCUCAUCCAGCAGGUGCAUUCCGGCAACUUCAUCCUCUACCCUUCCGAUGCCGACGGGUUCAUCCGCUUCGAGGUCUUCUCGGACAUCUCGGGACAGCAGCUCAUCGGCGAAAUCGGCGCCGCCAGCCUCGAGACGGCCGCUAAGCCGCCAGAGCCCGACGGAAAGGUGUGUCUGGUGUGUGGCAAGUCGUUCAACAAGCCGAGCCAGCUGGUGCGGCACGCGCGAAUCCACAGCGGCGAGAAGCCCUUCCCGUGCACCCUGUGCGCGAAAAGGUUCAACCAGAAAAACGCGCUCGACGCGCACAUCCUGACGCACACGGGCGAACGCAAACACCGCUGCGAACUGUGUAGCAAACUGUUUACGCAGAACGGCAACCUCAAGACGCACAUGAAGCGCGCCCACAAAAACGCCAUCUGAGUGCCGAAAUAAAUUUAAAAGAAAAAAAUUGUGAUACUAAUUUUACCGCACUGACGAUUACCGCGUUUAUUCCUGUCAAGUCUGUUUCGUUCGAGUCACAGUUUUCCAUAAAUAAAUUAGGUUUUUCCUACUAAUCGAAA